CCGUCCCGGCCGCGGGCAGACAGUAGGACGGCGACGGCACUGAGAGUCGGUGAACACGGCGCGAAGAGCGCGCUCGCCGCACCGUGACAUGUAGCGCGGCCGACGCGCCGCAGCCCUGCGAGACCACCGCCGGUGGCGGCGCGCCGAUGCGCCUGCCGUCCGGCCCGACGCCCGCGCCGCGAUAUCUCGACCGAUACGCACCACAACCUCACGAUCACCAGUGUCGCUUUCACUGUUUCACCUGAAGCGAGCCCUUCAGCCCGUCUGUAUUGACGACCGUCGGAUGGAACCCGGAGUGCGCCGAUUCGCAUCAAGGUUAGACGAAUAUUUGAAUGUGAGUGUUUGUGCGCCGCCCGCCGCCGCCAGCGCGCCAUAGCGCACCCCUGCACUUCAGCUGUACGCGCACGCUACACGUCGUAACACCACAGCGGCGGGAGCUAGCUCAGACAUGGGAAGUGAGCACUAUUGCCUAAGGUGGAACAAUCAUCAGAGCAACCUGCUGGGUGUUUUCAGCCAGUUGCUGCACGACGAAAGUUUGGUGGACGUCACUCUCGCUUGCUCGGAAGGCGCCUCCAUUAGGGCUCACAAGGUAGUUUUAUCCGCGUGUUCGUCAUACUUCCGUUCGCUGUUCGUGGACCACCCCUCACGGCACCCCAUAGUGAUCCUCAAAGACGUAGGCUUGGAGGAACUUCGCACCCUCGUCGACUUCAUGUACAAGGGUGAAGUCAACGUCCAGUACUGCCAACUGCCAGCUCUACUAAAAACCGCUGAGAGCCUCCAGGUCAAAGGAUUAGCCGAAAUGACAACCCUAAGUGCUGCAGGAAUAGACGCCAGAAACGUUCCAGAACCAAUGGAAGAGUGCCAAUCCCAAGACACCAGAGAGUGUCAAGAGCCGCACGAGAGGUUAGAAAAUAGGGAACCCAGAGAAAUAAAGGAAGAAAGACGGGAAGUGAAAGAGCCGCGAGAGACUCGUGACAGAGAAAGCAAAGACGUUCGCGAAGCAAGAGAAAGUCAUACGCGCGAAAGCCGCGAGACGAGAGACUCGCGAGAACCCAGAGACCGUAGUUCCUUAGACCUACGAGAGUCCACAUUGCGAGACAUCAGAGAAGCAAGAGAAUCCCGAGACAUAAGAGAUCACAGGGAAUCUCGUGAACCUAGAGACCUUCGUGAGCCCCGAGACUUGAGGGAUGCGAGGGAUUUGCGGGACACCCGAGAGUCACGUGACCCCAGGGAGGUCCCCGAAGCUUCUCCCCCUCGAAUAUCCCCGUUACUCUCCGUGCGGCGGUUUAGAACAGAAACUUCAAAUGAGACACCUACAACUACGCAUCCUCCCUUACCUAAGGACGAGCCACCCGACGAGCCGAUGCGGUCGUCGUCCCCGGAGGAAGAUGCAGUGUCAAUAAGAUCUAAUGGCGCUCAAAGUGAUACCAUUGGUAUCAAUAUGACCAUAAACAGUCACAGUAGUGGUAUUCUUGGCCCGCGGUAUUCUCCGGUGGAGCAACGGCUAAGCGUGUUGAACGCUAUGCCACACCCGGGUCUUCCCCAUCCGCACCCUGCACUGUCGAGCCCCAGGAGUGAGCCCAUCGCUGGACCUUCUGGCCUGCCUCCGGUGCAACAAGUACCUCUAUCUUUGAAAAAAGAAAUAGACUGGGACAGAAGUAAUGAAGACAAAGGUGGUGGAGAACCAUCAUCAGAUUACAGGAUACAACAUGAAUCGGAGUACGAAGGGACCGGUAGGGGGAGGAUUGAGGAAGGGGAGAGGGGUUACCCGUGCAUACACUGCGGCGCGGUCUUCCCGCACCAGAGCAAACUAGCGCGCCACAUUCUGACCACCCACACGCUGGACACUCUCAAGUAUCGCGACGCCAUACUGGGGAGGCCCAUGGGGCUGCCCAUGAUAGGCCAGUUCAGUGAACCAACCUACAUCAUGCCCGCGGAGGAGUCACCCAUAGACUUGGACAUAGGCCCCGUGGAGCCCGGGAACGUAGUGCUGUGCAAGUUCUGUGGCAAGAGUUUUCCCGAUGUUUCUUCGUUAAUAGCACACUUACCAGUGCACACCGGAGACAGGCCAUUUAAAUGUGAAUUCUGCGGGAAAGCAUUCAAACUGAGGCACCAUAUGAAGGAUCACUGUAGAGUUCAUACAGGUGAACGGCCCUUUCGGUGUGUGCUGUGUGGCAAGACGUUUUCCCGAUCGACCAUUUUAAAAGCGCACGAAAAGACGCACUAUCCAAAGUACGCCCGCAAAUUUCUUUCCCCCAGUCCUGUAGACACAGAAGAAGAGAGCCCCCAUCAAUGAGUAUGGGAAGCCUGCACCAUACAACUAGCCCAGGAUAUCUUAGCCAAUAGCACAAGCCCCUAUUGGUAGUAGUCAAUGGUUUGAGCGGGAAGUGAUAGUCGAAUGAACAAAAGGAGGACAAUAUGUUGUAAUUAGUUAAGAAUGUGAUUUAAACGCCGCAACUGUGAUCUGAAUGAUAUGAAUAAUAUUUGAUAUUUCACUAAUAGAUAAUUGACACUUAAAAGUUGUUACUCCUUGGUUAACUUCUAAACGAACUAUUCGGUUACUUCUAUUAUUUGCUUAUUUGAUGAAAGUCUUGAGAAUUAGGUGCUUUCUUUACGCUUUAGAUAAUAAAAUAAAACUCAUUCGUGAGUCCUUUAGAAGACGGCAUAGCCAAAGUUAGCUAGAGAAGUUAAACUUCAUUUGUUAUUUUUAUUUCCAACUUAAGUUAUCACCGGUCUGGUGUCGCGUUCCCUUAGUUUGCUUGUUUUAUUGUGUACCUAUUACUAUUAAUGUACUUGAUAAAGUUUUAUGUACUUCUCGUUAGUAUGAGCUUUUGUAGGUAUUUGGUUGCCAUUUCAAAGCUUGUUGACGCUAUUCAAAGAAAUUGUAAAACGUAUUGAUUUAAGUCAGAACUUAAUCUUUAGAGACUUGCAUAUUUAUUAAAGUAGGUUCAUCUCAGAGUUGAUUUUUUAUAAAACCAAAUUAAAGAUUGAUAAUGAGUGCUUUAAUUAUUAUUAUUAGAGACCAUUACAGAAUGCACUCAAUAUAGUUCUUAAUGAAUAAAAAGUUAGGGAUUUGAGAUUUUUACUAAUUUUAUGUCUUUCGAAGUUACGACGCACGCUCCCCUGAGGUAAUCCAAAAGCAAUAUUAUGACAUAUAAAAUGUAAAUAACAUAUAGUUUGGUAAUAUCGGAUUUUUAGGAAAUUUAUUAGGAUGUAAAAUGCUUCGGUAGUUCUGUAUUCGGGAUACAUGGGGAGGGUCGUGGAUGUGUGAUUAAGGGAAUCAAAGCUUUAACGCUGUUUCUGUUCUGUCCGACCACCAUGCCUCUUGCUCCGCUUUUCUAUUCACGGGGAGUCCCCGGAAUACACUAAAAGGCAGGGAAUUUGGGUAACAUACAAAACACGUUUUUAGAGCUUCAAUUUCGGGAUAAGGUAGCUACACAUUUAUGUUAUUUGUGUGAGAUUGUUAAGGUACUUAAUAACGUCAUGAAUUAGAUAAUCAUGCAAUUUUUUGAACGUAGAAUUCUAAAUUGCCGCGAUAUAAGAUUUUUGUGAUGAAAUACCCAAGUUUUUUGCUACUGAGUGUAUCUUCAAUACAUGCAGCUAUCUUCUUGACGCCCUAGGACGCAAGAGGCAUGGUCUCACAACAUUUAUAAUAAAUAUUUAUGUAUAUAAAUUUCUCCAUAUAUUUUCAUACUACAUUACGACAUUGUUUUACCAUAAUUGAGAGUAUUUCAAAUGCUGUGUUUUUAUAAAGUGUAGUUGGAGCACAUUGAAACAAAUAAAAAGUGAAUUAACUGUAUAUUUCAUAUUAUCCAAUUAAUUUUAUACACAGAGCAUUUGAAUCUUAUCAGAACUACUGUGUUCAAUAAAUUCAACAGAGUCAAAUACAGGGAUACUUUAUGGAUCACAAAUAAUUUUGUUUUCACAGCCUCUAAUAGAAUAGUAUUUACACUUUCUGUUUUAAUUCGAUAUUGUAUUUAUUUAUCCAUACAAUGAUAUCUGCAUAUUUGUCUCCAAAUAUAUUUUCCAGAUAUAAUAUUGUUACUGCAUCACACGAGAAAUGAAUCUAAAGCUUUGAUUUGGAACUGAUUGGAUGUUGGCUCACUUUAGUACGUAAGUUUCUUGGUAAAUUGAUAAAUAGUGUUGAUCUGCCGACGGUACCCUCGUUGACAUGACCAUCGUACACGUAUCAUUAAGUAAGUGACUCUAGCGCAUUAUUUUGAAUCUAAAUUAUUAACCUAGUCGAUAUAAUGUCAAAACAUUUCAUAAUCUUUUAGUACAUAUCAUAUCUUACGAAAACUUAUUGUUAUACAUUCUUGUUUUAAAGGAGUUUGUUACAAAUUGUUAGGAUAUGAGAAAAUUACUUUACAUCUAUAUUAAAUUACGGUUUCGAUUUGAAUUUAGGCGUUUUAACGAAUAUUAAAUACCUAUUAGAGAUGUAGUUUGAUUAUUUGGAUUUUAUCAAAUGAGAGUAUUAUGGUUAUAAUAUAGGUAAAGAUCUGUGAUAAUAAAAGUAAGGCAAGACACCUGGGAGUUAAAAAUUUUGAUCUCAAAGUGCAGUUAAAAUUUUAGUUUAUCUGUUUCGUACGACUCCUUUAUUGUUGACGCGUCAUGAAAUAACAUGUAGUCAUGGAUUCGAUACACUAACCAGGAACAGAGGAUAUAAUAUUUUGAUAUUAACAGAUCUCAUUUCUAUUUUUUAAGUUUUGGACAUCAUAUAGAAUGUAAGAUGUAGGUAUAUCAUAUCGUGUUUAAAUUGAGUUCAAUGGAGUUUUAAUAAUGCCUAUUUAAUCGUACUUAUAUUUUUUUAGAAUUGCAAACGCCUAACAUUCCAAAGUGAUUCCAGCGUCAUUUGAAAUUAUAAACGUUCGGGUUCCACCGAUUUUGUGUAGGUGCUAUAUUAUAACCUUAUCAUAGUUUCCAAUUUUAACGCAUGUCCGCCGGGGUACCGCAGCACUUCAAACAUUGAGUCUCUUGAUUUCGAUGGAAUGUUGAGGUAUUAGAAAUUUAAAAUAAUGAUAUGGUAGUGUCUCUAAGAAAUUCUUCUAAACAAAAUAUACGUUUCUUUUCAAAUAUUUCUGAAUUCGUUUAUGAUUUUGUAGAGAGUGCGCGGUUUAUACUGGUCAUACAAUCUAGCAACACUAAACAUUCCAUUUGUUAUGAUGGAUAUUUAAAUUUACACAGCUCGUUUUGUCGGCCGAUAUUGUGAGUAAAUUUGAACAUCCAUAACGAGAUUGAUCUGUUGUUUGAAUAGAAAUUAUUUCUUAUAUUUCUGUGUAAAAUAUAGUAAAUCUUUAACAAAAUUAUUGCGGGAUAGUAAAAUUAAAGUUGGUCUAUUGUUAAGCCCGCACGUGUAAAAAUGCAUUUUAGAGUAUAGAUUGGUAGAUGCGCUACUUCCCGGAGCUAGAUUUGGAUUCUUGAGAUUAAUAAUGAAUGUCACAAGAAUGUUGCUAUUUGAAAAGCUGCACUCUUUUUAUUUUUCGGAGUCGAACGUUACCAAACUUUAUAGCAAUAUUGAAACCUUGAUUAAUGUUCCUCUUCUUAUUUUAAGAAAGAUUGAAUAUUUACAAUUUACAGAAGUAAUUAAUA